AAAAAAAAAAGACUCAAAAAAUAAACUCCACUCAAAUUCAUUUCACCAAAAAAUAAAAAUAAAAAAAAUCAAUAAUAAUAAUAAUUAAAAUACAUAAAAUCUGAGCAAUUUUUCAACUUUUGAUAAUCUUGAAAUUGAAGAAUCAAGAAUAUUCAGCUGCUCAUAUCAGAAUAAUCUACUCCGAUUAGCUCAAUGAAGACGGAGUGUCAGGGCAUAGAUAUACGGGAGAAUAAGAGCAAUGUACAUAAUAGAUUGCCUCGUCCGAUGAUCCAGUCUAUUUUCUCAGGAUUCCAGGAAAAGGUCCAAGAGUGUGUUAAGUCAAAUUUCAAGAGAUUGAAAGUCGGUCAUGAUAAAUCAAUCUUGAGAGGUAGUAACAAAGGAGCAACUGUAGUCAUUGAUGUGGAUAAAGAGAAGCAGUUACAAUCUUGGAAAGAGAAUCCGAGUUGGAAUGAUCCCCCGCCAUAUGUAAAGGUAAGUGUACCCAAAGGUUCUCUGUGCAACCUGAAUGUGAAAGUUGAUAUCGGACUGCCCCCAGAUACCGUGUAUGACAUUGUAACCGACCCUGAAAAUAAACGAGUUUUCAAGAAUAUCAAGGAAGUAUUAUCAAGAAAGGUGUUGGUUGACGAAGGUUCAAGGCAAGUGGUGGAAUUAGACCAAGCCGCGAUAUGGAGAUUUCUUUGGUGGUCGGGAACAAUAUCGGUUCAUGUAUUAGUGGACCAAAACAGAGAAGACUACACAAUGAAGUUCACGCAAGUGAAAACUGGAUUCAUGGAAAGAUUUGAAGGUCGAUGGAAAGUUGAACCCCUUCUAGUCGACGAACAUCUUUGUCAUCCCUACAGACCUAAGACGCUAGCCGAUUACAUUUCCUGCACUAAAGGAAAAGGGAGGAUUGGAUCAACGGUUAGCUUGGAUCAACUCAUUCAACCAGCGAUUGUACCUCCUCCGCCUAUUUCAUGGUAUCUUAGAGGAAUAACAGCCAAGACAACCGAGAUGAUUAUAACAGAUUUGGUCGCUGAAGCAGCUCGAAUAAGAGGAUCUUCCAGCAACAACAGUCAACAAGGUUUGCAGGUAAAUGAUGAAUCUUCUGCUGAACAUCAAAUAGGCGAUAUUCGCGAUAUAAAAGAAAGGUGGGCCUUAAGAAGGAGAACGUCAAGACAUCAUCGAAGACAAUCUCUGAUUGCCAGGUCAUGAUAACUUCUAUUUUGACAAAAUGUAAUCGUUCAAGCCUAGGAAACAGCUUCUGGCAGAAAUGCAAGGUACGGCUGCGUAUAAUACACUCUUGUGGUGGGGCCCUUCCCCGAACCCUCCGCAUAGCGGGAGCUACGGGGCUGCCCUUUUGUAAUUGCGCAAAGUACAUUCUUUGUUGUAGCAUAGCUGAUAUAUAUAUGCCCUAUAAUAAGUGGUGCUUGGUAUGAUACAAUCGUUCUUAUCUCAAACGAGAAGCAAGCAUUGUCCUCGCUUUAAGUAUUCCCAAAGACGAGGCGAUUUAUUUUGA